AUGUUUAAAUUACAAUCAAAAAAAAUAUUUAAAAUACCUUAUUUGACAACUAAAUUUUCAAAUAGAUUUGCUUCUACAUUGACAUUUCUGGAAACUACCUCUAAUGGGAACUUUACUUCGUCAUCCUUAAGCAUUUUAACUGCAGCAAAAGAGUUGGGUAAUCCAAUAAUUGGCCUUGUGUUAAAUCCAAAUUUGAAACAAAAUCAAGUUAAAUCUUUAUCAGUCUUUAAUAAAUUAUUAUUCUCAAAUGAUGCUGCUUUUAAAGAUAAUUUACCAGAAGUCAUUACACCAUUAUUAUCUGAUCUAAUUAAAAAAGAAGAUAUAUCACAUUUUUUGAUUGCUAAUAAUAUUCUAGGUAAGAAUAUUUUACCACGUUUAGGUGCAUAUCUAGAUAUUCAACCAAUUUCAAAUGUGAUCAAAAUAGAUAGUGGUAAUAAUACUUUUUAUAGACCAAUUUAUGCUGGGAAUAUCAUCUCCCAAGUAGAAACCCAGCAACCUAUUAAAUUGUUAUCCAUAGGUACAUCAUUGUUUCCUGAAUAUUCAAUAAUAAGCGAAGACAUUGUUUCACAUAACAUUAAAGAAUUGAGUUUAUUAAAUGAUGGUACUAAAGAAAAUAUUCCUCAGGUAAUUGAUCAAGAAAAUUCAGUUGUUGACGAAAAUAAGUUGAUAGACUUAACUUGUGCUAAAAUUGUCAUCGCUGGUGGUGCAGGCUUAAAGAACAAAGAAAAUUUUAAUAAACUAUUGUACCCAUUGGCUCAAAAAUUUGAUUAUGCUGCAAUUGGGGCUACUAGAGUGGCCGUUGAUAAUGGAUAUUGUCCAAAUUCUAUACAGGUUGGUCAGACUGGUAAAAUUGUAUCUCCAAAUUUGUAUAUUGCAAUAGGUAUAUCUGGUGCCAUCCAGCAUUUAGCUGGGAUGAAAGAUUCAAAGGUUAUUGUGGCUAUUAAUCAAGACUUAGAUGCUCCAAUAUGUAAGAUUGCAGAUUACUCUUUACAAGGUGACUUAUUUAAGAUAGUUCCAGAAUUAACUAAUAAAUUGUGA